UUGUUUGUUUUGUUUAUUGAAAAUGUGGUAUUUAAUCUCCUGCGUGCUGUUCAAACUCCCUCAUUAAGGAGGAGGAGGAGGAUCUUCACUGAAACAGCCUCUCAUUCGUCGAGCAGCUGUCAUUCAAUCCACUGGGAACCGAGGGCGGGGCUCUGGAAGGCUCACGCGGAGCAGAGCUCGAGCGUGGAGCAGACCGAGCAGCUGCGCCCCGCGCGACACGCCACUGCUCCCCUUCAUGUCACGCAACAGCGCGCGUGAAGUUGUUGGACUCCCAGUAUGCGCGUGCGUGCCCCCCCCGGCGAAGUUUGAGCGCGAGCGCUGUUCUCGGUGCUGAGAGCCUCCAGAACAGAACCGGAGAUGAUGAAGAGGAGGGAGCUGUGCGGCGCGUGCCCGUCAGUCGUCUGGAAGCUGCUUCUGCUGCUCAGUGUGAGUCGGUGUAAGGAGAUGGACGCCGCUGUGAGGGCGCGGCACGCCCCCAUGUCUCCUUCUGACUUCUUGGACAAACUGAUGGGAAGAACGUCGGGAUACGACGCUCGGAUAAGACCCAACUUUAAAGGACCUCCGGUCAACGUCUCCUGUAACAUCUUCAUCAACAGCUUCGGCUCCAUAGCAGAGACCACCAUGGAUUACCGCGUCAACAUCUUCCUCCGUCAGCAGUGGAACGACCCCCGGCUGGCCUAUGCCGAGUAUCCGGACGACUCCCUGGACCUGGACCCGUCCAUGCUGGACUCCAUCUGGAAACCGGACCUGUUCUUCGCCAACGAGAAGGGAGCCCACUUCCACGAAGUCACCACGGACAACAAGCUCCUGAGGAUCUUCAAGAACGGCAACGUUCUGUACUCCAUCCGACUAACGUUGACUCUGUCGUGUCCCAUGGACCUGAAGAACUUCCCCAUGGACGUCCAGACCUGCAUCAUGCAGCUAGAGAGCUUCGGAUACACCAUGAACGACCUGAUCUUCCAGUGGCAGGAGAACGGCCCGGUGCAGGUGGCCGAGGGCCUGACCCUCCCCCAGUUCAUCCUCAAGGACGAGUCGGACCUGCGGUACUGCACCAAGCACUACAACACAGGUAAAUUCACCUGCAUUGAGGUGCGCUUCCACCUGGAGCGGCAGAUGGGCUACUACCUGAUCCAGAUGUACAUCCCCUCCCUCCUCAUCGUCAUCCUGUCCUGGGUCUCUUUCUGGAUCAACAUGGACGCCGCCCCCGCUAGAGUGGCGCUGGGCAUCACCACCGUGCUCACCAUGACGACGCAAAGCUCGGGCUCCAGGACGUCGCUGCCCAAGGUGUCCUAUGUGAAGGCCAUCGACAUCUGGAUGGCGGUGUGCCUCCUCUUCGUCUUCUCCGCGCUGCUGGAGUAUGCCGCCGUCAACUUUGUGUCGAGGCAACACAAAGAGCUGCUGCGCUUCAGGCGCCACAAGAGCAAGACAAAGAGCUGCCACGGUGCCGUUGAUCCAGAGGAGCUCGCCGAGUCCCUACGCCGGGUGAACACGGACGGCGGCCUGAGAGCAGCAGAACCGCUGUUUGGAUCUAUGAACAGCUUCUCCAGCAGCCACCUGAGGGAAGAAGUCGGUGAGAGCAAGCUGACCUCCACGGCGGUCAUGACGUCCACUCCCAGCAUCAGCAAAGACUCCAAGGCCAGCGUCAACAACGCCGUCGCCCCUGCAGCCAACACUACCCAGAAUGCACCUGCAGCAGGGGGCGGGGGCAGGAGCACCGAGGAGAUGAGGAAGCUGUUCAUCGACAGAGCGAAGAAGAUCGACACGGUGUCGCGGGCCGGCUUCCCUCUGGCCUUCCUGUUCUUUAACAUCUUCUACUGGGUUCUUUACAAGAUCCUGCGGCACGAAGACUUCCACAAGCAGUAGAGACGGCGAGGACUGACGCGCCGUCCUGCUGAGGCGGGAGGACCGAGGCCCCGCCUCCAUCAGGAGGAACUCAGUCUGAGCCAGAGGAUCUACAAAAAAACAAGACUUUUAAGCACAACUUGGAAAGAUGACUCAGCAGAUUCAGAGGUGAUGAAGCAAAGCUCAGGGACUGUUGAGCAAACAUCAGGGUUUGACGGGACCUCUGGCACGGAGACGUGUCGCCAUGGUUACCGUCCAAACACAUUCCCAUCCCACUUACCCUCCU